UAAUUCUUUCACAAUUUCUAACUCAAAAGAAAAUAAUCAACACCACCUACCUCCCUCCCUCCCUCUCUCUCUCUCUCCCCUAAAACAAUGAAAGAGAAAUUCUUCGGCACCAUUUUGCAAAGCGAUAAACUCGCUAAGUACAUAUUGGAAACAAGUGCCUAUCCCAGAGAGCAUGAACAACUCAAAGAACUCAGGAAUGCUACCGUCGACAAAUAUCAAUUUUGGAGCUUGAUGAAUGUGCCAGCUGACGAGGGCCAAUUUCUUUCGAUGUUUUUGAAAAUCAUGAACGCGAAAAAGACGAUAGAAGUUGGAGUUUUUACCGGCUACUCGCUUCUUUCGACUGCUCUCGCUCUCCCCGAUGAUGGCAAGAUAAUAGCUAUUGAUCCAGAUAGGGAAGCAUAUGAGACUGGAUUGCCAUUCAUUCAGAAGGCAAACAUGACUCACAAAAUUCAAUUCAUCCAAUCUGAUGCCACCAAAGUAAUGAAUGAUCUCCAAGCUAAGGGGGAAGAAGGGACAUUCGAUUUUGCGUUCGUGGAUGCUGACAAGGAGAACUACAUAAACUACCACGAGCAACUCUUGAAAUUAAUUAAGGUCGGAGGAAUUAUAGCCUACGACAACACCCUUUGGUCCGGUACGGUGGCGGCAUCGGACGAGGACGAGAUGCAAGACUACUUGAGGGGUUGCAGAGGGCACAUCAUCAAAUUGAACUCGUUUUUGGCCAGCGAUUCUCGUAUCGAGUUAGCCCAUCUCUCUAUCGGAGAUGGACUCACUCUUUGCAAGCGUCUCCAAUAAGCCUAUCCAAUAUUUUUAAUCUUCUAUAAUUAUUAAUAAAAUACUAUAUGUGUUAUUCCACAUAUAUAAUUAUAUAUAAUUUUGUUCAAGCAUCAUAAGUGAGGGCAAAACUGUAUUUCAGUUUUGCUCCUUGUUAUUUGUAUCUCUAUAAAUUGUUGGUGUUGUUUUUAUUUCUAUACUUUAAUGAUUUCAAGUGAAAUUGUAUCUUGUUCUUUGUUAUAUUAAUACUGAAGUCCUCUUAUUUGAA